AUGCGCAAAUCAGUGCUCUUCUUUCUACUGCCCUUUUAUGUGCAUUGUGAGAAAGUGGAAUGUGACCUCCAGGAGGCCUCAGCCUUGAUGCAGUCCCUGGCUAUCGAUAAAUCGUCCUUGAGCUCAUACCAUAGCAUCAUUCCCAUGGUGGAGCAAUGCAAGGGUCCUUCUUGGGACAGGAUGAAAAACGAGGUAUAUUAUAAGUCGGGGUUGAUACAUUUAUCCGUGGGUCAGGAACUCAAGGCAAUGGAAUCAUUUGAAAAGGUCAUUGCCAGUGGUGAACCGUCCUUCAAAAUGCUGAGCGAGGAACGCCUGCAUGAACUGUAUAAGAAAAUGGCGCUUUGGAGCCAUAUCGAGGAUGAUGACAAUGAUAAGCUAGCGUACUAUGCGCUUCUUGAUAAUAUUACGCAAGCCGACGGGGAUGAAGUAUACCAGGCCCUGGAAUCUAUUUCUCCGCUCGACUACCAACUGCGGGUUAACCACACGGAUGUACUCUUAGAAGAGUUGGCAGAUUCGCUGGAUUUGAAUACUGCGCAGCGAGUGGUUGAGAACUACAUGCUGCUAGCAGAUAAAUAUGCCACGAGCAUAUCUCUAACUGAUAGACUGGAGCUACAAUACCGUGUAAGCGUUGUGCAGUGGUUCGUGCUUAACUCACCACCAGUCGCUUCAUUAAAGAAAUGUCUCAGCCUUGAUAUGGACUAUAAGCCCUGCACAGAUCUCAUGAAACUAUGGAACAAAUGGAACAAAAAUGUUAAGGUAUCAGCCAGUGCGCUGACAGAUGCACAAGAGUACUUUGGCAUUCAAAAUCAGAACUGGGAUAACAUAAUUAAUUUAAUGGUAAAGGAUCAGAAACCACUCAUAAAGUUGGAGGCCCCUUUUACAAACAAUUACGCACUAUUCCAGAAGGUCGCGGAAAAGCAUGUGUUGGAACUGUUAAAUAAUCGCCCGCUUUCUAAUUCACCCGCACAGCGCAAGUACACGAAGCUUCCUGAUCCAACUGAAUUCCAAACGUCGCUGGAUGUGCUUCUAUGUCUGGCGUUCGACAUGAAAUCCUCGAGUAAAAAUGCUAAUAAGUUCUGCGAUCGGGCAUUAAAACAGGUUCUUACGCCAAAGGAGCACUCCCUAAUCUCCAAUUAUCUCACGAAGGUUAACUCUCCGGAUGGGAUUCCCGAGCUCCUCAAAACUGCAUAUGAAACUUAUCCACACUUGGCUUUCCAUCUGGUAAAGCGGGUCGCUGCUAAGCUUGUCGGUCUAGAACGUAAAGGCGCCAACGCUGAUGUUUCUCAACACUGGAACAUUUUGAGCAGCUUUAUUGGUAACCACAAGAAAGUUGCAGAAACAGGGCGUAAUAAAUUUACCGCGCAACUGUUUAAGCAUAUCAAUAGAGCUAUCGGGCGGCAGAGGCAAAAGCAGGAACAAGAUCAACAGCAAUUCUUUGAACGGCAGUAUCAACAGCAGUUCUUCAGGCAACAGCAGCAACAGCAGCAACAGCAGCAACCUCACCAGCCGCCUAGCACAAAGAAGAACUAUUAUAAGAUAUUGGGUAUCGGUAAUGAUGCUAAUGCGAAAGAUAUCAGAAGGGCGUAUCUGCACUUGACAAAAAAAUAUCACCCUGACAAACAGGGCAAUAUGUCUGAUGCUGAAAGAGCGAAGGUGGAGGAAAAGAUGUCGUCUAUUAACGAGGCCUACGAGGUUUUGAGUGACGAGUCUAAACGCAAAGAAUACGACAUGUUACGUUCUGGUGGAGGUAGCCAGCACGCUGGUGGCAAUGGCCAGCAGUUCUAUCGCAACUCCGGGCCGAUGUUCAAUUUUAAAAAGGGCUUUAAACCUUUCUAG